AUGGAACCCCCUCCUGGGUACACAGAAGAAAACAAUGGUCAAGUUUGCAGGUUAAUCAAGUCCUUAUAUGGCUUAAAACAGGCAAGUAGACAAUGGAACACCAAGCUAUGUGUUGCUUUGCAGAAUAUGGGAUUUAGACAAUCUGUUCCUGACAACUCCUUGUUUUUUCAGAUCAAGGAUCUAGGACCCUUGAAGUAUUUCCUAGGCCUGGAGAUAGCUAGACAGAAAAAGGGAAUUGUAAUCUCCCAAAGAAAAUAUGCAUUAGAACUGUUAGAUGAAGCAGGAUUCAUUGAUUCCAAACCAGUUUACAGUCCCACAGUUCCUUCACAUAAGUUGAGUAAAGAUGAAGGUGAUUUUCUUAAUGAUAAUACUCAGUACAGAAGGAUUUUUUUGGAUAAGCCUACACAUCUACAUCUACAAGCUGCACAUAGAGUCCUAAGGUACAUUAAAGGUGCUCCAGGACAAGGUUUAUUCUUCCUAGCUUCAUCUGACCUACACUUGAAAGCAUUCUCUGAUUUAGAUUGGGGUGCUUCUGUGGAUUCAAGGAAGUCUGUCACUGGUUUCUACAUCUUCCUUAGUCAAGCUUUGCUAUCUUGGAAAUCCAAGAAGCAGGCUACAAUAUCUAGGUCCUCUUCGGAAGCAGAGUGCAAAGCCCUAGCAGCAAUUACUUGUGAAGUUCAGUGGCUACUUUAUAUGCUUAAUGAGCUUGAAUUGCAUCCUAAAGCACCAGUUGCUAUUUAUUUUGACAGCAAAUCUGCAAUUGCAAACAAUGAGAAUCUAGUUUUCCAUGAGAGAACUAAACAUAUUGAAAUAUACUGCCACUUAGUCAGAGAGAAACUUCACAAAGGAAUAAUCAAACUCUUUCAUGUUCCUUCUGGAAGUCAGCUAGUAGAUAUCAUACAAUCUAGCUUGCAGGGGGAUCUCAAGCAAUACAACAGUUAA